CAAACGAAGUGGAAAGCGAUUGGCAGAGAGCUCGCUGCGUUCCCCCACCAUCGUCCAACCUGCGCGUCGCAGUUAUGGUCUCUGGUGAACUACGGUAUACACAUGCGCAUACGCGCGUGUACAUUCAUGCAAGUGUAAAACUAAUGACUUUGUAAUAAGUUACCAAAUGUGUUUAGUUGUUGUAAAUACAUAUACAUAUUCACAUAACGUAGUUUUAAUAUGACUAUUCGUUCAGUUAAACUAGAACAAGACGUUGAGGACCCAGUUGAAAGAAUGUUAGACAGAACCGGCUGAAUGUAUAGCAGAAACUCAAGACUGGAGAAAAUGUCAAGAACAAGUAAAAAAAUUUAAAGUAUGUAUGGAUGAAUAUCAAAGAAAACGGGAAAAAUCAUAUAUAUCUCAAUAAAUAUGUCGGUGAUAAUUAAUUAUAUAAAACGCAUGUUGAUUUAUCCUUUAAAUUAUUCUACAAAUGAACAAUUUAAAAUGGUACUUGUUGUAAGAUCAGAUAUAAGUAUGGGAAAAGGGAAAACUGCAGCUCAAUGUGCACAUGCUGCAGUAGAGUGUUAUCGUCAAGCAUUAAAUAAUAGAAACCAUCAACAGAUAUUUCGCUCUUGGUUAUCGCAAGGUCAACCUAAAAUUGUUUUAAGGAUAUCUAAUGAACAAGAAUUAAUGUUGCUAGCUCGUAGCGCACGUAAAACUGGUCUUAUUAUUUCUAUAAUAAAAGAUGCAGGUAAAACGCAAUUAAUACCUGGCACAAUUUCUACACUUGGAAUUGGGCCAGGUCCGAAACAAGCUAUAGACGACCUUACCUCAAAUUUAAAACUGUUGUAAGUUUUGAUACCACAGUUUUUUUAUCUAAUAGAGAAAUAUAUUUUAUAUUUUAAAUCUAUAAGAAAUUAAUUAAUCGAUGGUAUCUGAAUAAAUGAAUAAUUUAUUAGAAAUAUCACUUUGUUUUCAUGGAUACUUUAUUGUUUUAUUAAAUUUUUCUUUAUUUUUACUAGCACCAUACAUGUAAUACCAACAAAAUAUUAUCUUUUUAAUUUCAUGUGUUAACAAAAAUAUACAUGUAUAGGUAUAUUACUUUAGAUUAAAAAACAUUAUGAUAUUUUUUCUUUUGCAAUAGAUUGUUUUUUUUUUUUAAACAAAACAUUCAUAAAUUUAACCAUUCUUU